AUGGAUGAGGAGGAUAGGGAUGGAGGAGCCGAGAAGGACGGAGGCGAGACGACAAGGAAGGAGGACAGUUCGAAAGCACCCCAAGCCGCUCUUCAGUCCUGCGAACCUAGACCUAACCAAUCCAGUACCGAGGUGCCUCAAGAGGCAUACCCCGAAAUCCAGAUUACCAAUCCCUACAAUUCCUACCGAGAAUGA